CCUGAGCUGUUCUUUCACUUCGCCGGGCCUCAGCUUCGUCUGGUUAAAAAGAGGCGGUUGGGCCAGCAGAAUCUCUUCAGGCAGUGAAAUCCCGUUCUCGAAGAUUUAUUGAAUCCAGAGAAAGAAAAGCAAGGGGUUUAGAAGCAUCAAACACAAGAAGUUAACCUUUUUUAGGGAAUGCAGGACUAAUGAGGCGGCGGAAGCAGAAGUGGGCUGUGGAUCCAAGAAACACUGCGUGGAGCAAUGACGAUUCCAAAUUUGGCCAGAGGAUGCUAGAGAAGAUGGGGUGGUCUAAAGGAAAGGGUUUAGGGGCUCAGGAGCAAGGAGCCACAGAUCAUAUUAAAGUUCAAGUUAAAAAUAACCACCUGGGACUUGGAGCUACGAUCAAUAAUGAAGAUAACUGGAUUGCUCAUCAGGAUGAUUUUAACCAGCUUCUGGCUGAGCUGAACACUUGCCAUGGGCAGGAAACAACAGACUCCUCAGACAACAAAGAAAAGAAGACUUUCAGCCUUGAAGAAAAGUCUAAAAUCUCCAAAAACCGUGUUCACUAUAUGAAAUUCACAAAAGGGAAGGAUCUAUCAUCUCGGAGCAAAACAGAUCUUGACUGCAUUUUUGGGAAAAGACAGAGUAAGAAGACUCCUGAGGAUGAUGAUUCCAGCCCUGCCACUCCAGGUGGGAAUGCAUCCUCCACUACAACGACCAGUGCCUUCACCAUCCAGGAGUACUUUGCCAAGCGGAUGGCGGAGCUAAAGAAUAAGCCACAGGUCAUAGCAGCAGAGCCUGACCUUGCAGAGAACCGAAUAGAAAGAAAACGGGGAAAGAAGAGAAAGAAAGGGGCAAAAGAUAAAAAUAUGGAGACUUACACCGAACCCCAGGCCAAGAAGAAGAGAGACCAAGUUGAACGGCAGCUCGGAGACCCUUGUUGGGAUGAGAAUUCUGGUGUUUCUGCUGAGGAUGGAGAGGAUUGUGUGUGGCCCCCUGAUGACCAGGACAUUACCCCAAAGCCCAAAAAAAGGAGAGAAAAAAAGCUACAAAAGCAAGUUGAGGAAGCAGUAGACGCUACAUUACAUGACAUACCAGUGAAGAAGAAGAAGAAGAAGAAAGGUUCCGAAUAAAUUCUCUCGAGCCAGGGUCUUCCAGCCAUUCAGCGGUCAGGGCCCUGCAAGUAAACACCUUUGGCCUGAAGUCAGAGCAGAGUUCACUCAAGAGAGUUUGUGCACAUCUUUUGACAUGCCUGUGGGUUGCUGAGUCUCGCCCUCUCACCACAUUUUUCCCAACACAUCCCUGGAGAACUUUCUGAUGUCCCAAAUCAUGGCUCUCAUAAACAAAUAAAUUUCUUUUUAGACUGUGAA